UGGUGGUGUUUGGUCACACUACCAAGAACUCAGCGAAAGUUUUGUUUAUUUUUUAACCCAAUUUCUACUGCAGGAAUAAUGCUAAAUGCCAAGAUCGGCAAGGUUGGCAAAGUACUGGUGUGCGGGAUGAAGGGCGUGGGCAAGACGGCGCUGAUAGAGCAGCUGGUCUACGGCCACGUCAAUCCAGAGACGGAAUUGCAUCCAACCAUUGAGGAUAUCUACGUGGCCAGCGUAGACACUGGCAGGGGCGGAGCACGAGAGACCCUGCGCAUCUACGACACGGCGGGAUUGCAGGGGGAGCAGCAGCUGCCACGCCACUACCUCCAGUUCCCAGACGCAUUCGUUUUGGUCUACGAUCCCAUGGACCCGCGCAGCCUGGAUAUGCUGGCCGACAUAAAGGCUGACAUUGAGAAGCACAAGGAGAAGAAGGAGAUUCCUGUAGUGGUGCUGGCCAACGUGAGGGCACGGGCAGCCCCAAAUCCCGUCGAGAAGGUCAUGGACCGCGCCAAUAUCUGGUGCCAGCGGGAGCGCAUUAAGCACUACACUGUGAAUGCCAUGGAGCGGCCAUCUCUCUACGAGCCCUUCACCUCGCUGUGCGCCCGGCUGCAUCCGAUGCAGACGAAGAGCACGUUCCCUCAGCUGCGCCAGGUCAUGCAGAACCGGCAAAAGAGCGAGGCCUAGGAGCGCUGAUCGGUUUUAGGGGAGAGAUAUAAUUUAAGUUUUAUUCAGGAGUGUUCCUAAAUCUCAGAGACUUAAGAGAUUUUCGGAACCUCCCUAAUCGUAUCGUAAUGAUCAAAUUAGAGUGUACUUGCCUUGUAUUAACUGUUGUGCUUAAAUGUGGCCUAAGCCACGGCCAACUUGUACUUAUGUCUGUUUGUGAGUGUCCAAAUGCAUCUACUAUUUAUUACACAUA